AUGAAUGAUCCUGCAGUAACUUCGGAAUUUUCCUUACAUGAAGAUUUUCCAUUGAAUAAGAGCGGACUUAGACUCAGUUGUUCCUCUCCCAAUUCCUCUCCCAAUAUGUGUUCUUCUUCUUCUCUAAUUGGAGAGAUGGAGAAGGCUUUUGAUUUCUUGUCUGAUUCUGACCAAAGAAUAUUGAAUAAUAAUAAUCAUAAUGAAGAACAAGUAAGGAAUGAGGAGAUGAGUAGUCAACCAACUCAGCAACAACAGAAUACAUUUGUUUCAGAAUGUUCUGAAGUGAAUCCUCCUCAAGUGCCUCUUAUCCGUAAAGGUCUUUCCCGUAACAAACCCACACAGGAAGAGUUGAUGCGAUUGUGGUCCUAUUCGUUUCCUUCGAUUCGAGAAGCUGUGGAUCCUUGCCAGUGA